CGCCCCUGUCGGUCGCGGCGCGUGCGCUGUGCGGAGGCUUUGACCUUCAGCCGGGCGGCAGCAGCCAGCAGCGGGGAGAGGCCUCGCCAUGUUCUCCCGAGGAGCCGCGGUCCUGCUCUACCAGCCGCAAUGGGGCCAAGUCAGGAAUAUGGCCACUUUAAAGGACAUUACCAGGCGUUUAAAGUCCAUCAAGAAUAUCCAGAAAAUUACAAAGUCCAUGAAGAUGGUUGCUGCAGCGAAGUAUGCCAGAGCCGAGAGGGAACUGAAACCAGCUAGAGUGUAUGGAGUAGGAUCCUUGGCUCUCUAUGAGAAAGCAGAAAUUAAGGUCGCUGAAGACAAGAAGAAACACCUCAUUAUUGGUGUGUCCUCUGAUCGUGGUCUUUGUGGUGCUAUCCAUACCUCUGUUGCUAAAGCCAUAAAAACUGAAAUUAGCACCCUCUCAGAUGCAGGGAAAGAGGUCAUGGUGGUUGGAGUGGGUGACAAGUUAAGAGGCCUGCUUCAAAGAACACACAGUAACCAUUUCCUGGUGACAUUCAAAGAAGUGGGAAGGAAACCCCCCAGCUUUGGAGAUGCUUCAGUUAUUGCCUUAGAACUGCUAAACUCUGGAUAUGAAUUCGAUGAAGGAUCUGUCAUCUACAAUCGAUUCAGGUCUGUCAUCUCCUACAAGACAGAUGAAAAACCUUUCUACUCUCUUGAUACAGUUGCUGGUGCUGAAAGCAUUAGUAUCUAUGAUGAUAUUGAUGCUGACGUGCUGCGAAACUACCAAGAGUUUACAUUAGCAAACAUCCUCUUCUACUCUCUGAAGGAAUCCGCCACCAGCGAGCAGAGUGCCAGAAUGACUGCUAUGGACAGCGCUAGCAAAAAUGCUUCUGAGAUUAUUGACAAAUUGACCUUGACAUUCAACCGUACCCGUCAAGCUGUCAUCACCAAGGAGCUUAUUGAGAUCAUUUCUGGUGCUGCUGCUCUGGGAUAACCGGAAAGCAAGUUUCAGCUAAAGUCAAGAGGUAAAGAAACGAGGAGCUAUUCUAGAGAGUUGGUUUAACCUGCUUAUAUCCAUAUUGAUAAAACUGUUGGUCCAUCAUUCUGUGAAUUAAUGGGGAAAACCUGAAAAUAUUUGUAAAUUAUCUUACAAUAAACCACCUACAUGAAACAAAC